AUGUCUGCUAGCAGUAUCUUUGAAGCUACCGAAUACUUCGCUUGGCCUAUAUCUUGUACAAUCCUCCUCCUACUAUUUGUGCACUACUUCGCUUCGCUGGUGAAAACCCCAAUACGGAUUGCCUCGAUCAGAAAGUCGCACAAGAAGGCGUUCGAGACUGUGUCCCGGAAAUCAAGCUUUGCCCAGGGUCACCGUAAAAAGUUGACAUCUGAUACAAACGUACUUGUUGGCAAGGAUUUGUUCAAUGCUGAUUACUACGUCGAGCAGAAGGAUCUCUGCACGAACCAAACGCACUCACCCGAAGCAGCUUCUUCUUCUCUCAGCUCCUCUCUUAGCGAUGAUUCACUUGAGGACAGAAUCAACCGGGACCUUUGUAAGACCGAGGAUGACAAAGACUUUCUGCCAGCCGACAUUAUCGAUACCUUGACAUCUAGGAGUAUUGUCGAGGAAGAGCUCGAGGCGUAUGUGGCAAGUGAUCAACUAUUAUCCCUUGUAGCCUACGUCACGAACCCGAAUCAACCUGCUAGGCGGCUAUUUCUUACUCUGGUUGUUUGCGAUGAUCUGAAGCGACUUCAAGAUCUAGCCGAUGCUCCUCAAAAGUUUCAUGACGACGACUUGCCCGUCAAGGUCGUGAAGAACCCUAAUACGACUGGGUACUGUAUGGAGAGCAUCGGAGGCGGCAAAAGGUGGCCUUUAUUCGCAAGUCGCCGGAAGGCCGCUCUUGACAGUUUCUUUCACAGUCAAUGGCAAUUUCUUGCGCCAGUCUUCACUGCCAAUUCCUUUCGUCACAAUCUGCACUCUAGUUGUCCUCUUCCUUUUAUCAUAAAGAUCAACCACCAAAAGGCGGGGUUUUUCAGUUCCGUGUUUGAAGUGAUGAUUCAUGAUGCACAUCAGAAGGUCCUGCCGAUGAUUACAGGAAAGAAGAUUCGUGUCGCCUCAAAGGAAAUGAGAAUUGGGAUGGAUUCUUACUAUGAGAAAGAGGCGGAUAUUCUGGAGACCAUACGCAAUGUCGACAACCCUCAUCUCAUUAAGCCCUUGGCGGCAUAUCGAAGAGGUGAUCUCAGGGGCUUUCUUUUCCCUUGGGGGGAGGGUGGCAACCUGAAAGAAUUCUGGAGCUCCCAAGAAAAAUUGCGACCUGUGCCCGUCAGGGACCCUCAUCUUGUUCUUUGGGUUCUACGGCAACUGCAGGGAAUCUGCGGAUCCAUCAGUGCCUUGCACGAAAGGAACUGCCGACACGGAGAUCUGAAGCCCGAGAAUAUUCUUCAUUUCCUUGAGACUGACGGCAAGGGUGUUCUCAGAGUCGCCGAUGUAGGGCUCGCUAGAUUCCAUCUCGAGGCUACCAGAGAUCGAAACCAGCCGACGAAUACCAUGACCGGCACUGUCCGUUAUGAGCCUCCGGAGUUCGGGCUUACUGAGCAGAUCUCCCGACUCUACGAUGUGUGGUCACUGGGCUGCGUCUUUCUUGAGUUUCUCAUCUGGGUGCUCUAUGGGAACAGCAAACUGAAGGCCUUCAACAGGGCCAGUAUCGAAGAGAAAUUCUGGAGCAAAGAUGAUGAAGGCUACCAUCAGCAUCGCGAGGUCAAGGGGUGGAUUUCUCGCAUGUCGAAGGACCUUCUGCGAAGCGACAUUACAUCGAGCACUGCGCUCAAAGACGUACUGGAGCUAAUUGACUUGAACAUGCUAGUACCUGAAGUCGAUGGUCGGACAAACUCUACAGAGCUGUACGAAAGGCUGAGGAGUAUUUUUGAACAAGCUAAAGCACAGGAAAACUAUUUGCUGGAUUCUACUCUAUGGGAUCGCAUCAGCACUAGCGCAGUCCCCGCUGAACACAGGCGCUCUAAGCUGGAAGUUCCUGGUCAACGACCUCUCCCAGGUCGCGCAACAACAAGUCAAAACCUACAGCCUGCGCUUCUAGGGAUCGCACCAAACGUGCCCAUACCAGACACUCCUAUGAUUGUUGAACCCGUUGCUGAACUAAGCGAUGUCAACAUGCAAGUUCCGAUUCCGAAUGCUCAAGAAAUCUUUGUGAUGGUUGAUUUCACUUUGAAAAAUUCCUUGAUAUUUGCCUUCAGCCAUUUUGCUCCCGCUAAUUCUCAUCAGCAACUUGACAACUUCCGAGAUGUGUGGGAGUUGCAGAGUGAUAGCCAUUUCGCUAGCGAAUUCUAUCACAAAUCCGCAUCGCCCCUCCCGACCCCACAAGGUUCCACACUGUGCAGUAAUUGCAAGGGGUACAAUAUCUGGACGCCGAUGUUUCUUAUUUUUCGAAGUGCUGAAAUGCUUGGCAUAGAAGAUGGCGGUGAAUUGAAGUGUCGAAGAGAAGGCUCGUCGUUGAAGAUUGAUCCGGAUGGUCCCACCAUUUUGAGUCUUUAUGUCAGCCCAGCGACUGGCGGCUCUAUACCGCCACAUGCACAGAUCGGCUUUCCUACCCUACCGGAAACAGGCUCCCCUGAGCAAUAUGUUCUGCUGAACGAAUGGCUGCGCGUGUGUGACGAACAACACAGCCAUGGCGUCGAUGAUCGUACCGAGCUACCCACUCGCGUCCUUGAUGUUGGAACAGACCCGAAUUCUACUAUUCAUCUCUGCGAAGGGAAGUUUCUUCCACUCGAACGAUACACUGCCCUGAGCCACUGCUGGGGAGUGAAUUCUCAAGCUCAAGUUCGCACCCUGAAGGAGAAUAUCGAUGUCUUUCGCAAGCGGAUUGACUUCGGCAUUCUUCCAAAGAGUUUUCAAGACGCGGUCAAAAUCACGAGAGCGUUGGGACUACGCUACCUGUGGAUUGAUUCACUCUGCAUUGUACAGAACGAUAAGCAGGAUUGGGCCUUUGAGGCCACGCGCAUGGAGCAUGUCUUCAGCUCUGCUUAUGUCACUAUCGCAGCUACAGCAGCGUCUUCUUCGGCUGAAGGUUUCUUGCGACAGAAAGCAAAGCAUCCAUUCGUAACAUUGGAGGGACCCGACAGUGGCUUUACCUUUGUGCGCAAGUCGAUUGACGACUUUCACCAAGAUGUCGAACAAGCUGUGCUCAACCAGCGCGGAUGGGUGUUACAAGAGAGGGCAUUAUCGCGCCGAACACUUCACUUCACAGCAUCUCAGGUGCAUUGGGAAUGCGGAAAGGGCGUUCAUUCUGAUAUUGGUGCAACAAGCCGACAAGCUGCACUUCUCGGGGACUCCGAUUUCCCUAAAUCAGCCUUAGAGUACUUCAAGGGAGGCCGAAUUGUGACAUUCCAAACCCUCUAUCAGAUGUAUUCCCGGCUCGCAUUCACAGUACCGAGCGAUCGGUCCAUUGGAAUCAAGGGUCUAGAAGAGAGGCUGGUAAAGGACUUUGUUACCAAAGGAGGAUUUGGAAUUUUCGACGAAUACCUUCAACGAAGUCUCCUUUGGCAGAAAGCUCAUGAUGCGUCACUCGAUAGAAUCUCAUACCCUCCAGGUAGGCGAGUCCCCUCCUGGUCCUGGAUGGCAUAUCAAGGCCCGAUAGCCUAUCUUGAGGCUCCCUUCGAACAUAUCAACUGGACCAAAGAUAUUGUUACGCCUUUCAACACCGACAGCGGGAAGAAAACUCAUUGGGAAGUCUCCGAGGGCAGUGAGAUUCCUCUCCUUCGUGGCGUUGCGAGCCGUAUCAGCUUGGAUGCCAUCGAACUCCUCAAAAGAGUAAGAUUCGAUGAGUCAAAGCUGCAUACGAUAGAUCAGUUGAGAUGCAUUGUAAUUGGGAAGGAGAAGACAGAGGGUUUGACCCGGGAGCCAGAACAUUAUGUUCUUGUCAUUGCGAGGCUAUCUGAAGAACAAGGUGGUCGAUAUGAGCGCGUUGGCGUAGGAAGAUUACUGGCUGAGCACAUCCUACUGCGAGAGCCGCAGCUCAACGUUGAGGUGACCUUAUUCCUAUCAAGCAAGUAUUUGACUUUUAGCUGGUCAUCACUGCAUCAAAUGACUGAUGUCGAUGCCGAUGGCCGCCAUUACAUUCUCGGCAGUCUAGCCCGUGUUCUCGAUAGUUGCGAAAUCAGCAUCCGCUUCCUUAGAGCUUUGCAGUCAUGGACUUCAUCCGCCGGCUUCACAUACCAGAGUAAUCCUACAGGCGGUAUUUACUUGCUUUCAGCAUCGAGCUUUCGGACGGAGCUUUCUGACUAUCGACUCGCACCGUGUAUAUGUUAUGCCGCAUCUCUACAGUAUAACUGCCGCUGGGUAGUCGUCUCUCUAGCGCCCGUAGCAAUUGAGAAGAGCUCAUGCGUAUUGCGGCAUUGUAUCACUGAGCAGUGUAUCCAAGGCCGGUGCUGUUCUUUGCUGGCUUCUAGGUCGCAAGCUUCAAGAUACCGAGAACAGCCCAAUCUCCCAGCCUUAGACAUGCGUAAAUACCGCCACUUGCCUGACGGAGGCGCUGGGGCUAUGCUCGCGUGCUCUCAACGAUAUAUGAGUGGCUGCAAGCAGCAGUUGCCCAGCCUAUGGCGAACCACCUUGACGCUCAGCCCCAAGCCCCCCGCUGCCAUCACAUCUGCUAAUUGGCUAUUGCCGAUGCAACUCGAGGUAGGCUACGAGAAGAGAGCACAACAGGGAGCCCAAGUAUCACGGCAAAUAGGGCAGUGCCUUUCCGCCCGCUUUGGUCGAUCGAAACGUCUCAGUUACACCACCAUAUUGCUGUCUGCUAGCUGCCAUCUCAAGCUUGUCCGCCUUGAGAUACCAUUGAGGAUGGAUCCCACAAAGCGAGCAGGCAUCGAUCGGGAGCUUUUGGGCAUCGCCGAACCCAUCGCCGAAUCCCCGAUUUCAAACGGACCAACGACCGGAAUAACAUCGUCGAAUCAGAUUCAGGCACCUCAGCUCGGACACUCCGUUUCGACUUCCAAAAACUCAGAAGUGGGGACAAAAGAUGCUAGUCAAAGCGAUUUGCUCUUCUCAUGGCGUAUCAGUGUCACCGACGAAGACUUUACUGAAACGCGUCACGAAGAAGUUGCAGGGAACUUGCCGCUCAUCAACGAAGGAAAUCGGAACCUAGGAUCAUUUGGAGGCUGUUCAUCCGAUGCUGGAGCCUCAAACUGCAGCUUCCUUAGUAUCGUGCCUGUGCAGGAUAUGGGUCAUUCAGAUUACAUUGAGUGGGAGUCAUCAGAGAUGGCGAAUGAUUGUAUUGGGACUCAGGCAUUACAUUCUCAUCAUCCUGCACUACGGCCUCAGGACAAUACCAACGAUGACGCCGAUGUUCAGACCAUGAGCGACGCCAUGUUUGCCGCCAGCAUAACUUCAGCCUCGGAAGAUAAAGGCUUUCUGCCUCUCGAUGCACUCCGCCGCAUCGUAACUCCGACGGCCGUACAACGGCUUUUGGGGCAUGCAUUCCCUCACUUCAAGCCCAAAGUCAUCAACAGUUGGGUCUCCAGUAUCAGCGGCAAGCCAGAUGAGGUCAAGGCCCAGCCCCAGCGACGAAAGAUAUUUGCUAUCUUGAUUUUGAUGGAGCAAGUGAAGCUAAUCGAAGACUUCAUUAAACACGACAUCGAUGACAGCUUUUUGCCGCUAGAAAUAAAACGGAAUUUGCGUCACAAACCUGUCAUCCAACUUCAGAAGAAGGACGGUACGGUCUUGAGUUGUUUGAACCAUUGGCGUACCAAGCACAUCAACAAUUUUGUUCAGUGCCAGGAGACAAUUUGCACACCUUUUUUCAAACUUCCAGGCGAUGACGUGCACUACUACGAAAUUACAUCAAAAACAAUCCUACCAUUCCAGGAAUACGACCUAUCGCGACACUACAUCCAAGGCAAGUCACAACCCUCCUCUUACAACUGCACUUGUUUUCUAAUUCCUCCUCAGGAACGAGGGAAAGUCCUCCGGCAUUUCGCAGUCAAGCAGCUUCAUCUUGAAACUCAUGAAGAGUAUGCGAGAGAAGUGGAGCUUUUUGAAAGACUAGGAGUAGGAUCAAGAGGCCCAGACCCUGACCAUUUGAUCCAGCUUCAGCUCACAUAUAAAUAUGGCCAAUCUUACUAUCUGGUCUUUCCUUGGGCGGAUGGUAAUUUGAGGGAAUUUUGGAGCAAAACCAACGCCAACCCAGGGAGCAAAGCUGAGGUUGUCUGGUUUCUAAGCCAAUGUUCAGGCCUUGUCCGCGCCCUUCGAAGAAUUCAUAAUCUGAGGACUAUGUCCAAAGAAGACAACUACGCCCCUGUUCCUAACGACCCAAAUGUCUUGCUUGACAACAAACACUGGGGUCGGCAUGGCGACAUCAAGCCAGAAAACAUUCUUUGGUUCAAGAAAUACGAAGAGUCGCGUCGCAACUUUCUUGUAAUAUCUGAUUUUGGGUUAACUAGAUUCAACACUGCCGAUUCCAGGUCCAAAGUCGCUUAUGACGCAGUCAAGGGUUUCUCGGGAUCUUAUCGGCCUCCCGAUGUGGAUCUGAAAAGAACAAUAUCGCAGAGGUAUGAUAUCUGGUCCCUUGGUUGCGUCUUCCUCGAAUUCGUAUCGUGGUUUCUUGUCGGCCACGACCGAACACAGAAAGAUUUUACAGACUCUCGACUCCAAGAAGAUGGCUCGCAUACUGGAUCGAGGAUUCUUCUUGAAGAUAAGUUCUUCAACUUCAAUCCAAGUAAAGAUGAUGCACCCUCGACAGCUGAUGUAAAGACAUCCGUCACUGAUUGGAUUGAUGACCUGCAUAAACAGAAGAGCUGUGCUGAGCCUGUGCAUGAAAUGCUGAACCUUAUUCAGUACACAAUGCUUGUGCCAGAUGCUAAAGAGAGAUGGGCUUGCUCGAGAAUACAGCCUGUAAUUAACGAGUUGAUCCGGAAGAGCAAACGUGACGCAGCUUAUGCGACCAGUGGGACUCAUGGCGUGUCCGAUCCAUUGAGAUUUCCCUGUAUAUCUGUGGAAUUUCCUGCUGAGGGCAAAAUACCGAGUUCAUCUGGCACUCCUGACAAGUCCGACCGGAGGGAUAGAUCGUUAUCUCUUUCACCAGCAGCUGCCGUCAACAGUAGGGAGUAUAAGCUAUCCCCAACAAAGGACCGGGUGAAACGACCGCCAGUCAAGCCAGUGGGCUCUCCAAAAGAGUGUUUCGAGAUCGGCGAGGUUGUUGUCCUUCAGUACAGAAGAUUCCACACAAUCGAUCAUGAGUGUGUCGGAGGCGGCAUCAAGUUUUGCGAGUACACCAGACACAUCCCCAUUCUCUAG